CUCAUGUUAUCAUGACUUUCUUCUUCGGCUACAUCAGGUUGAAUGCUAUCGAAACUGAUCAUAGCUUUGGUCUCGAGUUUCUCGCUCACAGCAAGGUGCAUCAUGAAUCAUGCAACGCCUCAGUAGGCGGUGAAAACAAGCAUCAGUUCUGCCGUGGCGGUUGAGAGGGGAAUGCUUCUAUUUCCCCACCUAACGACAUGAGGCACGCCCUUUGAGAAAUGGAUCCUCACCUAGGACCUCUGAGUGCAUAAAUACGACCUAUUGCCUCUCAUCGAGGCUCUGAUAGUGGUAUUCAUAUUCCCGAUCACCACCACGACGCGUCUUUAGAAGCCUCGUAUACCUCCCAAAAUGGCGCCCUCAGGCCCGACCAUCCGGCACGCGCGUCGUCAAGACAUACCCAUCAUCCUGAGCCUCAUCAGGGAGCUCGCAGACUACGAGCGCGAGCUUGACAGCGUUCAGGCGACCGAGGAGUCUCUCGGAAACACAAUCGCCUUCGCCCCCGCGGACCAGACGACCUACACACCGGGCAAGCCGCAAACGGAGCCCACGGCGCCGGGCAGGCCGGCGCGGUGCCUGCUGCUCUUCAACGAGGCCGGCGAGGGCGUCGGCAUGGCUCUGUAUUUUUACAACUACAGCACCUGGCGCGCCAAGCCGGGCGUUUACCUUGAGGACCUCUACGUGCGGCAGUCGGAGCGGAACAAGGGCUACGGCAAGCGGCUGCUCGUCGAGCUGGCCAAGGAGGUCGUCGCCAUGGACGGCGGCCGGCUGGAGUGGGUCGUCUUGAAGUGGAACGAGCCGAGCAUCAAGUUCUACGAGUCCAUCGGCGCAAAGGCCAUGGACGACUGGGUGGGCAUGCGCGUCGACGGCGACGCGCUGCCGAGGCUGGCGGGCUUGCUCGGGUGAUGGGAGAGUGCCUGUCUACCAAGAUAAGGGGGAAGAAAGAAAAGAAAUAGAACGCUUCUAUCCCUUUAGCGUUUGGCCGUCCAUUUUAGGGCCCUUGGCCUUCGCUGUCUCGUCGCCGCCAGCGGGUCCCUUAGGCAUCCGAGCGUAAGGAGUAGCCGAUUUUGGUCUCUUCCCUUUCGCGUCGACGUCCUCGAAGAGACGGUGGUGCGCUGCCGUGGCCACGGGGACCUUUGCCUUCUUGACGCCCCAAACAGGUCUUGCGAACGACGGCUUAAAGCCUGCCUUCUCGGGCGCGGGCUCCAUGUAAGAAGUCGCUUGCCACAUCCUUUCAUACUCGCGUCGGACCUCUCGCGUACGGAAGGGCUGCUUUCGAGACGUUGGGAUCUUGGCGCCCGUUUUGGACCGGCGCUUCACGGAGGGCAACCACUUGGCAGUCUUGGAGUAAGGCCCUUCGUCAAACUGCCCGGUCAAGCGAGAGAGCUGUCUGCCCCGAAAGCGCUCGACAUCGCGUGCGGGCAAGCGAGUGUGUAUUGUCCAGUCCCAUGAUGGCGUCUCGCCAGGCUUCGUGCCGAUGGACACGGCAAUGCGCCUUUGCGGCGGGAACCUAUACAACUCCUUGGGCGCAUCCCCGGACGCGAGCAGCUUGAGGAAAUCCCAUGCGUCCUCGGCGACGGGAGGCAUGAUCUUGUCCGCGGUCCACUUCCACCACUUUCGCACAGCCUUGGUCACCCUUCUCGGGGCGGUUGGGCGGCCCCAGAUGUCCUCCCUAGGCACCUUCUUCAUCGGAUCGAGGUUUCUGAAGGGACUUCUCGGGAAGGCGGAGCCCGUGGCAUCGCGCUGAUGGGAUUGUUGGGCCUUGAUGUAGGCGCGCAGCUUGGGGAUGUCCCAGUUGUCCUCGAUGGGGCUGAGGUGCUGGUACACCCAGGGGGUGGGGUCUUCUCUGUCCCAGUUUCGUUUCCAGGGAUGCGUCUUGAGGAGUUUCUCUUUCUUCUUUCUGUCCUUUUCCGCUUGCUCCAUGCGUCGCUGGAGCUGUUCGGGGCCAAGGGGCGGUUCUGGUUCUUUUGCGACCAACAAGGACACGAGCUCGCGACGGCGUUUGCCCAGGCGGCCAAAAGUGUGCCACAUGACCUUGCGCAAGCGUUUUUGGUCACCGUUGGCGGCGGCCUGCAGAAAGGGUAUCCGUUGCUUUCCAUCUAGGAGGUGCUUUUUCCGGCGGUACUCUUCGUCUUUGCGGGCUUGUUCGGGAUUGGGGGAUCUGAGAAUUUGCGAUUCACGUUCGGCGGCUCUUUGCCGCUCCUCUCGAAAGCGAGUUUGUAUGGUUUCGAAAAGAAAGGGACGUAUGGUGGCUGGGUAGUAGGUUGCCGCUCGAAGGAGAUGGCGAUAGACAUGCAGCGGCUGCACGGGAUGCGGAAGGGGGAUUCGAGAUUGUGGCAUCGUGGGACGAUAGAAGGCGUCAAUUGGCGGUGGAAGGGCAAUGUGUUGAGGGUUAGGGGAUAGGCGGUGAUGGUCUUUUUGCUGGCAUGGCUAUUGUGACUGGCUAGUCGGGACAGAGACAGAGACGCAUGUGCGAUGUCGAGCAGGAUGCAUGCAGAUAGAUGGCAGAUGAUGGCAUUUGGCAGAUAGGCGUGGCAGGCGCAGAGACUGUGAGAUGCGGUGUGUAGUCCCCCCUAGGGGGGGCGAUUGGCCAAAGCUCCGGGGAGUGGGGCAGUUCAGCAUCGAGCAGCUCAGCUACCUUCCGACCUUCCUAGGUACCUAGGUCCCCUGUAGAUGAAAUAUGGCUCUAUGAGUAGAUACUUGUGGAAUAGAUUCACAC